AUGGCUUCUCAGCUGCUGCCCCUCGGUGAGCAAUUCCUCCCCAUCCCCGCCGCAUCCCAGUCCUUUCAUGAUACUGACUUUUCUUCUUUUCCCCCCCCUCAAGAGUUCAGCGGAACCCUCUUGGGAUUCGAUGACUACGUCAACAUGGUAUUGGAAGACGUGACGGAAUUCGACUACUCAGGAAACCACACCAAGCUGCCCAAGAUUCUCCUCAACGGAAACAACAUCUGCAUGUUGAUUCCGGGAGGCGAGGGCCCGGAAGGCGCAUGA